AUGUAUACCGGUGCCUUGAUUGAUAAUGCCGAAAUGGGUGAAUGGCUAGAUGGCACUAUUGACGCACUUCUUGGUGGAGGCCCACCGGGCCAUGUCUUUGAGGUCGGAACAGGCACCGGCAUGAUCCUGUUCAAUAUCACGGCGGGGCUAGAGAGCUACACUGCGCUUGAGCCAUCAGGCACGGCAGUUGAUUUUGUCCGGGCGGCAGUCACAACUAUUCCUGAUUUGCAAGGCAAGGUCCGGUUGGAGAAGGAAACAGCUGACAAUAUCAGCAAUCUUGACGGGUCUAACUCCGUGGAUGUGGCCGUUAUCAACUCUGUGGCGCAGUAUUUCCCUUCCCCUGAAUAUUUGCUCAAGGUUGUGGAGGACAUCGUGUGCCUGCAAGGCGCCAAACGCAUCUUCCUUGGUGAUAUACGAUCGUAUGCACUGUACGAAGAAUUUCAAGUCAGCAAGACUCUCGCCGGUGAUAGGCAGAAGUUACUCACCCUAGAUGGUUUCCGAUCACAGAUGGCGGAAACCGUCCACAUGGGAGAGGAGCUCUUAUUGAGCAUGUGGAAAUCCUUCUCAAGCGUCAUGGUAGCCACCAACGAGCUCAGUUGUUACCGCUAUGCUGCGGUCUUGCACACGAAGAACCGACAAGCUCAGCCGCGGCACAUCCAUGACGUGGAGGAGGGUCAAUGGGUUGACUUUUCAGUGAGGAGAAUGACCCACGCGUCCCUUUUGGAAUAUCUGCAGCAGCCAACUAUUGAUGCGUCUGUGGUGGCAAUAGGCAAUAUUCCUUAUAAAAAGACUAUCCUGGAUCGACUCAUUGUAGACCAGUUGAAGGGUCGAUUGGUCGACAGGGUUGGUGGACCUGGCUGGCUUGAGUCACUCGAUGAAACCGCCAGACAUAUUCCGUCUCUCGCGCCAGUCGAUCUAAUCAAGCUAGCCGAGCUGUCUGGCUACCAAGUGGAAAUCAGCUGGGCCCGACAACAAACUCAACGUGGCGGACUGGAUGCCAUUUUCCACCACAUUCGGCCGGAUCGCAGGGGGUCAAGGGUGCUAUUCCGCUUCCCAACUGACCAUGAUGAACGACCCCUUCGCCAAUUGAGCAACAACCCGCUACAACAAGCGUCUAAUCGAGAUAUCGAAAAGUGGGUACGGGAGGCCUUGCAUAAGAAAUUACCGCCGUAUAUGGUUCCGAGAAUAGUCAGAGUAUUGGAGCAAAUCUCUGUCAACAGCAAUGGGAAGGUGGACCGCAGGGCUCUAGCAAAUAAGAUUACUGUCGCUGCAUUUCAUAACACUGUGAAUGCUAGAGUAGACCCUCAUGAUGAUGUGGAACGAGUAUUGCUUGCCGCAUUCACAAAGAUGCUGGGCAGAAACAUCGGCAUUUCUGAGAGCUUUUUUGACCAUGAAGGGCACUCUCUGAAUGCGAUGAGGUUGAUCAGUGGAAUUAAUCAGAACUCCAUUCUCGCCUGGCGAUCGGCGAUAUUUUCGAGUGUCCGACCGUUGCCGGCCUGGCGGCAAGGAUCAGAUCAUGGGCGGAUUCGCUGCAUGAAGCUGUCACCUCUCUCAGCUUCUCACCGUUUCCCCUUGUUGGAGGCCUUCUUGCUUAGUCGGUGGACCCGAGUUUUCAUGCACUUCGAUAUCCAUGGUAGGAUCGAUGUGAUUCAGUUAAGAACCGCUUGUCUUGUGGUGAUGCAAAAGCACAGUAUCCUACGCACUGUCUUUACCAGACUUGAGGGACAAUCAGUCCAAGUUGUCUUGAGGGAACCCAACGUUCCGUUUACCUACGGCUCGCUCAGCAGUGAAUUUCAUGAUGAGGUUGUUCCUGAGACUACGCCUGUCCCCACCAAGCUGCCUGCAGAGUACGAACUUGUUUCCCGGUCACAGACUGACCAUUCAAUUAUUGUACGCUUGCUUCAUGCUCAAUGCGAUGGGGCUUCGCUGUCUCUCUUGUUCGCCGGUCUGGAGACAGCCUACAGUGGUCAGCUGCUCUCGCCGACCAUAGCAGUCCCCUUUGCAGACUACGUAUAUGGCUGUGCACAGCUUCGCUCGGCAGAAUCGCCCAGGUUCUGGAAGGACUUUAUAUGGGGAGCUUCUCUUACCACUCUACCGAAUCCAACGCUUGCAGAGGACAACGCUGCAGAUGUAACAACAAUCGUGGCUGGUGAACUUCCCACGCCGCCGCCUGGGAUCACCCUUGCGAUGCUUGUCAAGGCAUUCGCUUUUACCCUGGCGGAGAUGGCCACUACCGAAGAUGUAACAUUCCUGCUGGGGCUAAACACCCGUGGCAUACCCAUCAAAGGAGUGGAAGCGAUUGUUGGACCAUGUAUUAACCGCUGUCCCAUUCGAGUGCAACUGCGGCAGACUUGGACAGUUAGUAAUCUUUGCCAGAGUGUAUAUGACAAUUAUGUUGCCAUUUCCCGACACUGCCAUCUUGAACUUCCCGACAUCAUCGAUAACUGUACUUACUGGCCGAGUGGUAGUGACUUUUCCUGCGGAUUGAAUCAUGUAUCUACAAGCGGUUGCUUCUCCUUCUCAUUAAAGCACACACAGACAUUGCACUCUUCAAUUGAUGCACAGGUCAAUAUGGCCAACCGGCUGUAUGUCCGCUCAUUUGCUGGCGAUCGAACCUGGAGAAUACAGGUACUGGCUUCGAGCAACGUGAUGAACAAUGAGAGGGCUUCCCUGUUCGCUUCGAUGCUUUUGAGAACCGGACAAAGAUUCUCGCAGUAUCCGGAAGCACCUUUAUCUUCUCCUCUUCUACGCUAA